AUGGGAAUCGCUCUACAAGGUCAGGUGGCUUUGGUCACCGGCGCUUCGAGAGGAGUUGGUGAGCUCAAAUUUUGCGAAAUGAAAGUUUAUUUCAAAUUUGUUUGAGGUCGUGGAAUUGCAUUGCAACUUGGCGAAGCUGGAGCAACUGUUUAUAUCACUGGAAGGCGACCAGAACUGAGUGAUAAUUUAGGAUAUGGACUUCCCGGAUUACAGGAAGUUGCAGAGGGUAAAAAACCUGUUUUGAAGUUUUUAAAAAUGCCUCUCGUUCUAGAGAUCACUGCGGCUGGUGGACAGGGAAUUGCAUUAUAUAUUGAUCAUUCGAAUAUGUUUGAAGUUCAAUAUUUAUUUGAUAAGAUCAACAAAGAUCAAGAUGGUCGGCUUGAUAUUCUAGUCAACAACGUGUUCAGUUCUAUUGGAAAAGUGACUGAUACAUUUGGAAAAGCGUUUUAUGAAAUCGAUCCUUCAUUUUGGGACACAGUAAAUGAUGUUGGACUCAGGAAUCAUUAUUAUUGCUCAGUUUAUGCGGCAAGGAUUAUGGUUCCAAGAAAAACUGGGAUGAUUGUGAAUAUUGCAUCACUUGGUGGUUUACGAUACGCAUUCAAUGUUGCGUAUGGUGUAGGAAAAGAUGCAUUGGUUCGAAUGGCAACUGAUAUGGCUGUUGAACUUGAAAAAGACAAUAUUUGUGUAAUUACUUUGAUGCCUGGACCAGUUCGAACUGAAGCCAUUGAAAUUGGUGUGUUUGGUGGGACGAGUAAAGCUGAGUCGGCAGAAUUCACUGGAAAGGCAUUGGCGAGAUUUGCGAUGGAUCCUGGAAGAAUGAAGAAAACUGGAAAAGCUUUGCUGACAGGAGAUCUUGCUCAAAAAUAUGGAUUCGGAGAUCGUGAUGGAAUGGAACCGCAAAAUAUUCGAAGUGUGAAAACAAUGUUGGAGACAUUGGGAAAACCAGAGAUUGCCAAGUUCAUACCGAAUCGUGUGAAAGUUCCGAAAUGGAUGAUUUGGCAAACUUGUAAUCGAUUAUAG